AUGGCUGAAGCGCUUGUUUCCAUUGUCUUGGAACAACUGGCUUCCAUCGGUCGUCAACAAGCGGAAGAAGGAAUAAGGUUGAUUGCAUGUGCUGAGCCAAAGGUUGAGAAGCUUCAGAGCAAUUUCAUGGCCAUUCAAGCUGUGCUUACUGAUGCUGAGAACCGACAGGUGAAGGAGGACGCUGUGAGAGUUUGGUUGGCCAAGCUUAAGGAUGUGUCUUAUGACAUUGACGAUGUGUUGGAUGAGUGGAACACGAAGCUUCAGAUUUUAAGAAUUAAGAAAGCUGAAGAUGCUUCUAAGCCUCUAAAAAAGGUACGUUCCUUCAUUCUUCACUAUCUCGGUUGUAGGCCACUAGUUUUGCGUUAUGAUAUUACCGUCAAGAUAAAAGAUCUUGAUAGAAAAUUAGAUAUUAUUGCUACUGAGAAAGAGAGGUUCCACUUUAGAUCUAUCACUGAGAGUACCAAAGAAGUAGAACGACCAAUGACAACCUCUGUUAUUGAUUUAACAGAGAUUUAUGGAAGAGAUGGCGAUAAAAAUACAAUAAUAGAUUUUUUGCUGAGUCAAAAUAGUCAUGUACAAGACCUCCGCAUUCUCUCUAUAGUAGGGAUGGGAGGAAUUGGUAAGACUACUCUUGCUCAAUUAGUUUUUAAUGAUGAUCAGGUUAACACCCAUUUUGAAAAAAAAAUAUGGGUGUGUGUUUCCGAGCCUUUUGAUGAGCUUAGGGUUGCCAAAGCAAUCCUUGAAUCUCUUAUAAAUACUGCACCAAACUUAAACGAGUUAGAAACUGUGGUGCAGAACAUAUGCCAACUUAUCAACGGAAGGAAGUUUCUUCUUGUCCUAGAUGACAUAUGGACUGAAAAUCCCAAACAUUGGGAUCAAUUAAAGUGCUCCCUUAAGUUUGGUUCUCCAGAAAGUAGAAUUUUGGUGACCACACGUAAGGAGAACGUUGCAAAUGUCAUAGGAACCACCAAAAUAAUACCACUAGGGACAUUAUCUGAGGAAAAAUGUUGGUAUUUGUUUAGUAAAGUUGCUUUUUUAGGAGAAAGCAAUGAAGAAUCUAAUGAAUUGAAAGAAAUCGGUAGGAAAAUUGUUCAAAAGUGUAAGGGUUUGCCACUUGCAGUAAAGACUUUAGGGAGUCUUUUGCGUUUUAAAAGAAAAUUUGUCGAGUGGAAAGAUAUCUUAGAGAGUGAAGUUUGGGAAUUAGAAGAGGUAGAACAAGAGGUUUUUCGACCUCUACUAUUAAGUUAUUAUGAUUUAUCCCCUACUUUGAAAAAAUAUUUCUCAUAUUGUGCCAUUUUUCUAAAGGAUUACGAGAUAGAGAAAGAAAAAUUGAUUAGGUUAUGGAUGGCUCAAGGUUAUGUAAAGUCAAAACCAAAUAAGGACAUGAAGUUAGUUGGUGAAGAGUAUUUUGAAACCUUAGCAAUGCGCUCUUUCUUUCAAGAUUUUAAACAAAAUGAAUACGAUCUUGAUAUAAGUUCUUGCAAGAUGCAUGAUAUACUGCAUGAUUUUGCUCAAUUUCUUAACCAAAAUGAAUGUUAUACAAUAGAGGUUGAUGAUACAGGAGAAAUUGAAUCAGAAUCUUCUUAUCAUAAAGUUAGACAUUCAAUGAUAAAGAUUCAAGAAGGGGCCUCAUUUCCUAGCUCUAAUUAUACUGGAAAUACUUUUCUACGUAGCCUUGUGGUUGUUUCUAAUUACGGUACUGACCCUAAGAUGAUUUUGUCCAAAUUAGUUGAUCAGUUGACAUGUCUAAGGGUCUCUGUUAAGGUGAAGAACAUAGCAACAACAUCUCUACUAGAACCAGAAGUGGGUGGUCGUUCUGUUCCUAGAAGAACUUCAGUUCCAUAUGCAAACACUGCUUUUGGUGUUUUCGCUGCCUUCAGAGCUCCAUCGGGAAAAGCUCAAGGAUGUAUAUCAGGCAUAAGUUCCCUUGCCACCAUUAUUUCACCAUUGAUAUUUAGUCCACUGACAGUUAAGUGA